UUUACUGCCUAGUUCUAUAGUUGAUAAGGCCACAGACGUUAAUUAUUAUCUUGUUAUACUUGAGGUGAAAAUAGACAAAAACUAUAUUAGUUGGAGCUUGUUAUUUAGAUAUUCCUACUCUGAACCUUUGUUAAGAUUAUGCAACUUUUUGAAAUCAUCUUCAUGGGUUUUUACCCAAGUGUUACCACGUCGCUUGAACUGAACGUAAAAAACCAUGCAAAACACUCUUGCAACGGCAACGAAUGAGGUAGUUACAUGAUAUUUAUACAUAGAAAAGUACAUUAGUAAAUAGCGUUUAUUCGUUUAUGCAGUCGUCCUUCUUUUAUAAUCGAGGUCGGAAAUCGGUCGCAGUCGCAACAGUAGAUACAAAAUAGCUAUUUGUACAUGCAUUCCUAUUGUUUUACAUACAUGUUGUACAUACAGUAGUGCAGCGUAUGAACAGUAUAUGAAAAUUGUGAAUAGAAGGAGAUGAAAAAAAUUGUGCCAUUAAUAAAGUCAACGCAGUAUAUUUUUAAAUAUGGAUGAGAUUCCACUUCAUUUAGCAGCAAAAUUGGGAAACCUAGAUGAAGUUCAACAGUUAAUUGAAGGAGGAGCAAUAAUUAAUGAAGCACAUUACGAUGGCUUUACAGCACUACAUCUAGCUACAGAUUUAAAACACAUGGAAGUAGUUAAAUAUUUGUUGGCACACGGUGCAGAUGUAAACGCAAUCGAAACAUCUGAAAGGUGGAGUCCUUUACAUUUCGCUACUGCCAAUAAUGAUCCUGAAAUGGUUCGAUUAUUCACAGAAGCGGGAGCAAAUAUGCAGUGUUCAAAUAACGAUGGAAAUAUGCCUAUACAUAUGGCAGCCAGAGAAGGAUAUAUAAAAAUUGUAAAAUAUUUUUUAGAAAAUGGGUUAGAAGUAAAUAUUCCAAAUAAAAAGAGCCAAAAGGCCCCUCUCCAUCUGGCUGCCCGUUGGGGUCACAUCGAAAUAGUAGAUUAUUUACUCUUAAAUAAGGCUAAUGUGUGUCUCAAAGAUUCCAAUAGCUAUACGGCACUACAUAUAGCUACAGACUUGAAACACAUGGAAGUAGUCAAAUGUUUGUUGGCACACGGUGCAGAUGUAAAUGCAAUCGAAACGUCUGAGAGGUGGAGUUCUUUGCAUUAUGCUACCUACAAUAAUGAUCCUGAAAUGGUUCGAUUAUUGACAGAAGCGGGAGCAAAUAUGCAGUGUUUAAAUGACAAUGGAAAUAUGCCUAUACAUAUUGCAGCCAGAGAAGGAUAUCUAGAAAUUGUAAAAUAUUUCUUGGAAAAAGGAAUAAAUGUAGAUAUUACAAAUAAAAGGAGACGAAGAAAAAAUACUCCUCUUCAUAUGGCUGCUCAUGGAGGUCAUAUUGAAAUAGUAGAAUACUUACUGUUAAAUAAGGCUAAGGUGCAUCGCAAAAAUUCUGGCGGCCUUACGGCACUACAUAUAGCUGCAGAAUUCAAACACAAGGAGGUAAGCAAAUAUUUAUUGACACACGGUGCAAAUGUAAACGCAUCCGUAAAGGGGUGGAGUCCUUUACAUUAUGCUGCGUUCAAUAAUGAUCUUGAAAUGAUUCGAUUAUUCACAGAAGCUGGAGCAAAUGUGCAGUGUUCAAAUAACGAUGGAAAUAUGCCUAUACAUAUUGCAGCCUACAAAGGAUAUCUAGAAAUUGUAAAAUAUUUUUUAGAAAAUGGGUUAGAUGUAAAUAUUCCAAAUAAAAAGAGCCAAAAGACCCCUCUCCAUCUGGCUGCCCGUUGGGGUCACAUCAAAAUAGUAGAUUAUUUACUGUUAAAUAAGGCUAAUGUGUGUCUCAAAGAUUCCGAUGGCUUUACAGCACUACAUCUAGCUACAGAUUUGAAACACAUGGAAGUAGUCAAAUAUUUGUUGGCAAAUGGUGCAUAUGUAAACGCAAUCGAAACAUCUGAGAGGCGGAGUCCGUUACAUUUUGCUACUGCCAAUAAUGAUCCUGAAAUGGUUCGAUUGUUAACAGAAGCGGGAGCAAAUAUGCAAUGUUUAAAUAACAAUGGAAAUAUGCCUAUACAUACUGCAGCCAGAGAAGGACAUCUAGAAAUUGUAAAAUAUUUUUUAGAAAAAGGAAUAAAUGUAGAUAUUACACAUAAAAGGAGACGAAGAAAAAAUACUCCUCUUCAUAUGGCUGCUCAUGGGGGUCACAUUGAAAUAGUAGAAUAUUUACUGUUAAAUAAGGCUAAGGUGCAUCGCAAAAAUUCCGGUGGCCUUACAGCACUACAUAUAGCUGCAGAAUUCAAACACAAGGAGGUAAGCAAAUAUUUAUUGACACACAGUGCAAAUGUAAACGCAUCCGUAAAGGGGUGGAGUCCUUUACAUUAUGCUGCGUUCAAUAAUGAUCUUGAAAUUAUUCGAUUAUUCACAGAAGCUGGAGCAAAUGUGCAGUGUUCAAAUAACGAUGGAAAUAUGCCUAUACAUAUUGCAGCCUACAAGGGAUAUCUAGAAAUUGUAAAAUAUUUUUUAGAAAAUGGGUUAGAUGUAAAUAUUCCAAAUAAAAAGAGCCAAAAGACCCCUCUCCAUCUGGCUGCCCGUUGGGGUCACAUCAAAAUAGUAGAUUAUUUACUGUUAAAUAAGGCUAAUGUGUGUCUCAAAGAUUCCGAUGGCUUUACAGCACUACAUCUAGCUACAGAUUUAAAACACAUGGAAGUAGUCAAAUAUUUGUUGGCAAAUGGUGCAGAUGUAAACGCAAUCGAAACAUCUGAGAGGCGGAGUCCGUUACAUUUUGCUACUGCCAAUAAUGAUUCUGAAAUGGUUCGAUUGUUAACAGAAGCGGGAGCAAAUAUGCAGUGUUUAGAUAACAAUGGAAAUAUGCCUAUACAUACUGCAGCCAGAGAAGGACAUCUAGAAAUUGUAAAAUAUUUUUUAGAAAAAGGAAUAAAUGUAGAUAUUACAAAUAAAAGGAGACGAAGAAAAAAUACUCCUCUUCAUAUGGCUGCUCAUGGGGGUCACACUGAAAUAGUAGAAUAUUUACUGUUAAAUAAGGCUAAGGUGCAUCGCAAAAAUUCCGGUGGCCUUACAGCACUACAUAUAGCUGCAGAAUUCAAACACAAGGAGGUAAGCAAAUAUUUAUUGACACACAGUGCAAAUGUAAACGCAUCCGUAAAGGGGUGGAGUCCUUUACAUUAUGCUGCGUUCAAUAAUGAUCUUGAAAUGAUUCGAUUAUUCACAGAAGCUGGAGCAAAUGUGCAGUGUUCAAAUAACGAUGGAAAUAUGCCUAUACAUAUUGCAGCCUACAAGGGAUAUCUAGAAAUUGUAAAAUAUUUUUUAGAAAAUGGGUUAGAUGUAAAUAUUCCAAAUAAAAAGAGCCAAAAGACCCCUCUCCAUCUGGCUGCCCGUUGGGGUCACAUCAAAAUAGUAGAUUAUUUACUGUUAAAUAAGGCUAAUGUGUGUCUCAAAGAUUCCGAUGGCUUUACAGCACUACAUUUAGCUACAGAUUUAAAACACAUGGAAGUAGUCAAAUAUUUGUUGGCAAAUGGUGCAGAUGUAAACGCAAUCGAAACAUCUGAGAGGCGGAGUCCGUUACAUUUUGCUACUGCCAAUAAUGAUUCUGAAAUGGUUCGAUUGUUAACAGAAGCGGGAGCAAAUAUGCAGUGUUUAGAUAACAAUGGAAAUAUGCCUAUACAUACUGCAGCCAGAGAAGGACAUCUAGAAAUUGUAAAAUAUUUUUUAGAAAAAGGAAUAAAUGUAGAUAUUACAAAUAAAAGGAGACGAAGAAAAAAUACUCCUCUUCAUAUGGCUGCUCAUGGGGGUCACAUUGAAAUAGUAGAAUAUUUACUGUUAAAUAAGGCUAAGGUGCAUCGCAAAAAUUCCGGUGGCCUUACCGCACUACAUAUAGCUGCAGAAUUUAAACACACGGAAGUUAUCAAAUAUUUAUUGGCACAUGGUGCAAAUGUAAACGCAUCCGUAAAGGGGUGGAGUCCUUUACAUUAUGCUGCGUUCAAUAAUGAUCUUGAAAUGAUUCGAUUAUUCACAGAAGCUGGAGCAAGUAUGCAGUGUUCAAAUAACGAUGGAAGUACACCUAUACAUAUUGCAGCCAUAGAAGGAUAUCUAGAAAUUGUAAAAUAUUUUAUCAGUCUAGGUGCAGACGUUAAUUUCGAUACAAUUCAAGAAUACACUCUUUUGCAUGCAGCUUGCAAAUGGGAUCAAAUUGAAAUAGUUAAAUUUUUGAUUCAAAAUGGUGCAGAUGUUAACAAGAAAACUCUACCCAAAGGACCUACUCCACUAUAUUUUGCGAUAAAAAAUAUGUGCUCAGAAGUUGCAGAGUUCUUAAUUUUAAAUGGAGCUGAUUUAAAGCAUGCUGAAUAUAAAGGCAACUGUCCUUUAUGGAUAGCUUUAAAAAAUAUCUCAGGUGAUUAUCCAGAGUCAGAACAUACAAAGUAUAAGGUAUUUGCAAUGGUAAUAAUCAAAUACACCGUGUUAAUUUACAAUCCCGUCGAAACAAUUAUUCCAGAUGGUUGUCCUUUUGUCAAAGAAUUACUGCAAUACUAUAAUGACUGCCAAAAAGAAAUAACACGUAUGAGGAGUAUGAUGAUAAAGAAUAGUAAUGUUUCAUUAUAUCAAAUAAUUUGCGACUCCAAUAAAGGUAACGCGUUUGUUAAAUAUCUACGGAACGACAAUAUUAAAAAAGAGUUACAAAAUAUUGAAGAUUACCUCAAAGACCUUUCGAUAUAUGGCAAUAUUCUUCCGUUAGUACAACAUUGGGUUAAGAAAGGCUUUCAAAGAAUCGAAUUACUUUCAGAUGCUGACAUAACAAUGAAAAAAAUUGUACCUAAGUUACCAUCAGAAAUAAGUUGGAAAAUAUUCAACUACUUAAACAUGAAUGAUCUUAAAACUGUGAUACAAUCAGAUUCAUUCAAAUAAAUAUGAUUUUUUGUAUCUUUUGUUUCUUUAUUAAAACGCUAAGAUUUAAACCACAGGUACACAGGAUAGCCAAAAUAUAGCGGGCGGUAGAUAAAUAAAAUGAUGAUUCUACCGCGCGCGGGGAAUGAUGGCAGCAUUUAUCCCUUUCUCCAAUAAUUAAUUUUUUCUACGACCGUUUAAUAACAUGCUCAAUAUUCACUAUUUUUGAAUAGAUAAUAAC